ACUAGGUGACAGCAAACGUUAUCUCUUAGCGUGAGUGCUGUCAGCUGUCAGUUGCGAACAAAUUCGCUUACCUAAUUCUUAUUUGUGUUACUGUAUUAAAACAAAAUGCCUCCAGUUUUAGCCUAUUGGGCAAUUCGUGGACUGGCCCAGCCGAUUCGUUUACUGCUGGCAUAUACCCAGACCGAGUAUGAAGAUAAGCGUUAUGUCGUAGGCCCAGGAUUUGACAAAUCAUGCUGGUUUGAUGUCAAAUUUACCCUUGGGUUGGAUUUCCCAAAUCUCCCAUAUUACAUUGAUGGAGAUGUGAAGUUAACCCAAAGCAAUGCUAUCCUUCGCUACAUUGCAGGAAAGCACAACUUAAUUGGUACAAACGAUAAAGAAAGGAUACGUGUAGACAUGAUGGAAAAUGAAGUUGGUGAUUUUCGCAAUAGCUGGGUCAGAUUAUGCUACAGUCCUAAUUUUGAUGACUUAAAAGGUGACUACAUCAAGAAUCUGCCAUUAAAACUCUCUGAGUUUUCCAAGUAUCUUGGAGACUACAAGUGGCUUGCUGGGGAAAAUAUUUCAUUUGUGGAUUUCAUUUUUUAUGAAAUGCUAGAUCAGCAUAUGAUACUUGUGCCUGACUGCCUUGACUCAUUUCCAAAUCUUAAACUCUAUUGUGAUAGAGUCCGCUCGUUAGACUCCAUAAAAGCCUACAUGUCCGGAAGUGAUUUUAUAACCCGCCCACUAAACAAUCCACACGCUGGGUUUAAGUAAAUGGGCUACAUUGAUUGAAAUAGG